GGGAGGCUGCACUCACUCGAGGACCUGAGUUGCACGGAGCCGCUUCUCCUAGGGUGAUUCCCUCCCUGCCAAUCAUGUUCCUGAGGAACAGCGUCUCCCGUCUCCUCCGCGGGCAAAUUCCUUGCGUCCUGACGAGAUCCGUCCACUCUGUGGCUGUAGUCGGAGCCCCUUUCUCUCGGGGACAGAAAAAAAGAGGAGUGGAAUAUGGUCCAGCCGCCAUUCGCGAAGCUGGCUUGCUGAAGAGACUCUCCCUGUUGGGAUGCCAACUAAAAGACUUUGGAGACUUGAGUUUUACUAAUGUCCUCAAAGAUGAUCCCUACAAUAAUCUGGUCGUGUAUCCUCGCUCGGUGGGCCUUGCCAACCAGGAACUGGCUGAGGUGGUUAGCCAAGCUGUGUCUGGUGGCUACAGCUGUGUCACCAUGGGAGGAGACCACAGCCUGGCAAUAGGUACCAUAAUGGGCCACGCCCGGCACCACCCUGAUCUCUGUGUCAUCUGGGUUGAUGCUCAUGCUGACAUUAAUACACCCCUCACCACUGUAUCUGGAAAUAUACAUGGACAGCCACUUUCCUUUCUUGUCAGAGAACUACAAGACAAGGUACCACAACUGCCAGGAUUUUCCUGGAUCAAACCUUGCCUCUCUUCCCCAAGUAUUGUGUACAUUGGCCUAAGAGAUGUGGACCCUCCUGAACAUUUUAUUUUAAAGAAUUAUGACAUCCAGUAUUUUUCCAUGAGAGAUAUUGAUCGACUUGGUAUCCAGAAGGUCAUGGAACAGACAUUUGAUCGGCUGAUUGGCAAAAGACAGAGGCCAAUCCACCUAAGUUAUGAUAUUGAUGCAUUUGACCCUAAACUGGCUCCAGCAACAGGAACCCCUGUUGUAGGGGGAUUGACCUAUAGAGAAGGAGUGUAUAUUACUGAAGAAAUACAUAAUACAGGGUUGCUGUCAGCUCUGGAUCUUGUUGAAGUCAAUCCUCAUUUGGCCACCUCUGAGGAAGAGGCCAAGGCGACAGCCAACCUAGCAGUGGACGUGAUUGCUUCAAGUUUUGGUCAGACAAGAGGAGGAGGACACAUUGUCUAUGACCACCUUCCUACUCCUAGUUCACCACAUGAAUCAGAAAAUGAACAAUGUGUGAGAAUUUAGGAAAUACUACUCUGGCACCUUUCACAACUGCAUUCCAUAGUUUCAAGACUUUUAAAGGGACAGAUAUUAAAUGGCUGUCUGGAUCAAUAUUGCCUUAAUGAGAACAUCUGUGCACUCUCACAACUGUAAAAUUCCCUUCUCUAUUUUGGUCACCAAUACUAUUACUGUAAAUGUAUUUUUUGUUGUUUUUUUGUUUUUGAAGUUUACAAGCUAUUAAUGUUAUACGUGUUAAGUUUGAAGGAGUCAUAAACAACAUUUAUUACCUUAGUAUAUCACACUGGUCUUGUUGCUGUUCCUUCACAUUUUCGUGGUUUUUCAUCGCCCUCCCUCCCAUAGUCUGACAAGAUAAUACAUUCUUGAACUGUUAGCCCACAGCAGCAACACAUAUCCCUAACACCAUUCGUUCAGAGUCCCGAUUCUGGUCCACAAUGCCUUCCCUGAGGAAGCUCACUCAAUGGUGCCGGAAGAAUUUAUAAUACACCAGGCCGAC